GGGUUCUCUUCAAAAUUUUAAAUUUCCAUCUCCAAAAAAAAAAAAACCUUAACUACUUAACGCCGCCGUUGCGGCCACCGCCAUCUCCGUCGCCGUCACCGCGGCCACCGUCUCGGAUGGCCUAUUUUCCGUGAUUCAAACACACCCAUUUACUCAAAAUUUAAUUUUUUGAAUUAAUUUUUGAUGUAAUUGAUUUUGCAGAAAAUGAUGGCUCUGAAGAAAGCUUAUGCUGAUGUGAUUCUGAACACAGCGAAGGAGGCUGCGGCUCGGGUGAUGGCGUCUGAACGGAGAGCUCUUCAGUACCAGAGUGAGCUUGCUGCGGUGAAAGAUGAGGCUCUUCACAUGUUACUCCGUUUGAAGAACAUGAUUGAUGCUAAGACAGCUGAAUCAGAGACGACAUCAUUGAAGCAGCAAAGUAAAAUUGAAGAGCUUGAAGCACAAUUGAAUGAGGCUGAGGAUGUCAUAACAGAUCUAAGGGAAGAAUUGAAACAUGUACGUCGUGAGUUAGAAAAGACCAAGAAUAUCCAGAUCAAUUCCUUGGAUGGACAAAGUGUGAAGCAAGUUGCAUCUUUUCAGGAGAGUGCAAAACCUGGCGCUUUGGCAUUGUUUUCUAAGAAAGAAUUUGAAUGUGUAACGAGCUGUGAUGUGAAGAACAAAUCAUUGACUGUGAAUUCUCUAGAUGAGAAGUGCUGUAAUUCGAAAAAACAAACUGAGCAUUUGUGUCGGUCUAAUUUGGAUGACUCUGACUUUACUUCAUUCCUCAUGAGAAGCAAGGAAGCUGAACUUUGCAAAAAUGGAGUUACUCAGAGAACCCAUGCACUCGAAGGAAACUUGCUGGAUGAAAAGCUGCUCACUCGAGAUGUGCACAAUCAAGAUUACAGUAAAAAGGAUGGGCUUGCCAAAGAUAUUGAAGGGAAAGUUGCUAAAUUUAAUGCACCGUCUGCCAAGACUGAGAAAAUGGAAAUUAAGAAGCACAUUAAGCUUCAUAAAAGACCAAAACGGAAGAUUCUUUCGUAUUGCAGGUAUUGCUUGCUUUCCUCUUGUAAAAUACACACAAAUGAGAACUGUAGAUCUAGCAAAGGUGUGUGUUCUCUAUCUACUAUCAAGUCUUGUGCCAUCAGUAAAUGGAAAAGAAGGAAAAGAAGACACGGACAUGUAGGAAUGGUAUCUUCUGUUUUUAAGAGUAGUAAACCAUCAUUUGUUCUCAGUGGUGUUACUGAAAGCAUCGAGGCUGUUAAGAAAUUUGAAAUUGUGAAGGAUCAUGAGUUACUAAGUUUAGAAGGUUGUGCUGUGCAGAAUUCAGCUGGCCCCAGUUCUAAUAUGACAGUUGAGGUUGUUGAUACUCCGUCUACAAAAACUGACUUGGAAGAUGCUAAAGCAUUUGAAGAAAAUUAUGGAUCUCCUGGUCAAGCAUAUGACAAUAGGCUUUUGAAGUAUACCUUUCAAAGGAAGCGAAGAAGGGAAUCCUUGGUAAACCUGUACAAAAAGUUUGAUUCUGAGAAGAGCGCAACAAAGAUGAAGGUGGAGGACAAACUAAAUGAUGCAUUAGAUGCCCAGAAAUGUGCAUGAUAGAUGGACCUUCUAGUGAUAUUCAGCACCUGGCCCAAGUCACUCAUCAAGUCUGUCGAAUUCUCCUAUUGAAAAGUACCCUCAGCUGCUUGAUUCAACGCUUGAACUUGAACUUGGUAGCAAAGCUUGAUGGAUGAUAGUUAAGUUAUUAGGAUCUUUGUUAAUUUUUCUUGUUCCUAUUUUUGAAGUUUCUUCAUUGUGAAUUAUAAACUUAUAUAGGAAGAGAAGGCUUGUUGCGGGUAGAUUGAAACUUAUGCUGAUUGUAAUUGUCUCAUUUCAAAUGAACAUCUCCAGAACAUGGCUGUGCUAGUGUUUUAAUUUGAAAGCUCAAAGCUCAUUAUUUUUCUCUUGGA